AUGCUAUAUCCAUCCUCUUUGUUCGCCAGUGCAUCGGCUCUGUUAUUAGCUGCUACCGCUGUAGUAGCAAGUCCUCUUCAAGCUCGUGACGAUGUCAUGACACCCACCCCUGGGGUGCAAGUUAUGAUUAAUAGUGGACAAGAUUUUUGUCUCUUUUUGCCUCCCCAGCCUGGAUUGGAGGUGGCUCCUCAUGAAAGUGAUGGCAAGCCUUUCUGCUCAGAGGAAGGUGCUAUCACUGGUGCACAAAAGUUUCCCGAUGGUUUCAUCACGGUAGCACACUAUGCAAAGAAGGAAAACAGCUAUGAACAAGUCACUGGCUUCUUUAACCGCGAUGCGUAUCAACUUUUGGCUACUGAUGGUGGUGGACAAUACGACAACCAUGCCAGUGGCAAACCUACCGGCGCCACAUGCAAAGGAUACAACUAUUUCGUGAGCAUGAUUGAACCCGACAUUGAGCGUUUUUGUAUCCGUUGUUGUCAAAGCAAGGCUGAUUGCCCCACGGGUCGCUCCGAAUACGGCUGCUUACGUAUCAUUGAUGGUGAUUACUCCAAGGAUGAUGAUGGCACAGCUGAGCAUCAAGAUAACAGCUACCUUGAAGAACCUGUUCAUUCGGCAUGGGAAGCUCUUCCUGGUGCUGUUCGUACCCUUGAACAACAAACAGCCGAUCACAUCCCUCAAGAUCAAAUUAAAGAACAAUGGAACAGCUUUUUGAAUGACCUUCAAGCAAGCUAUCCUGAAUCUGCCGAUGCAGUCAAGGAUUUACAGUCAGCCACUGCCAACAUCAGCACCGAACAAGAAUGGAAAGAAUUGAUCGAUGCUCUUCGUCGCAACAUUGAUUCCUCCUCCUCCUCCUCCUCAUCCACUGAAGGUGCUCAUGAUAAUCAAGCUACUUGGUAG